AUGGGCUCGAGUGCAAAAAAGAAGCGCGAGAAGAAGAAGGACUUCCAAAAAACUAAACUGAAAGUCGGAAAAGUAAAACCUAAGGCCGACAACCAUACCGAGACCAGCUUUCGAGCCAAGGCCAUUGUCCUCAACCAGCAACUCAACAUUGACGCCCCAAGCACGAUCCAACAGUUCCAUCAUCAUGUGUCCCUACUCUCAUCCAAAUCGGACAGUCAACGUCGUGAGUCCCUGGCAUUCCUGACGACAUACUUUUCCUCGCUCAGUCACGGAACGAAUCUUCCCUUGACAAUCGGUGCGCUGCUCGACAAGGCGUGUCCAUUGAUCUUGGAUGCAAACAACGGGGUUCGCUCUCAGCUCUUGAAGUGCCUCCAAGCUCUUCCUGGGAACGACAUUCAAGAUCAGGUACCUCGGCUGCUGCCUCAUGUACGAGCUGGCAUGACCCACCUCUCUCGUGACAUCCGGCUUUCCGCCAUCGACUUUCUAUCCUGGAUUAUUGCUACAGCCCCUAACGAACUUGUGACUUGCUCUGGAGGCUGGUUCUCGACACUGGAAUGCUUUACCACCAUGCUAGCCUGGCGCUCGACCGAGACAGGGAAAUGGGGUGCAAUGAAGCCAGCCCUUGGCGACUCCAAGUCUAUGGCAAAAGUGAUCACAGUGCUGACCGAAUUUCUUGAAGCUGGGCUACUGGACCCCGUCCCCAAGAUUGCCAUCAACGUCAUGGCCCAAAGCUUUCCAUACUGGGACAUCGAGCAUCAUCGUCUUCCCACGAAAUCCGAUCCAUACGCAUACCUGAAUCUCUUCGGCAGUGUGCAAGACGAGAAGACGCAGAUGUUAGAAGACCGUGAAGAUCGGCUUCGUGUAUACACAGAGCACUUCUGCCCCCAGAUUGAGGCUGGGGUCACGGCAGGCCGACAAGAAGGAGGAGAGAUUGGCAGGGCAACAGGCGUACUUGCAAAGGUUCUCGAUCGUGUUACUAGGGACAACCCUACCUGA